GUGAAUCCCAUUUCGCAAAGAUGACUCAAUAUCAGCCACUGCAUACAUCCCCUAUGAUCGUAGCUGUCACCCCUAUGCCAUCGUACCAGGCCCAACCGCCGCCCCGGCUGCCCGUCACUCAGAGCGUCACAUACGUCCCGACUGCGGCCAGCGGACUGCAGUACGUGUCUACCAUGACGCCCCCGGCCACCCCGAGCUCACGGCACGGCACUCAGUCGCUGUGGACGACCACAACGACGGCAUCGAGCGGCGGGCCGGCUCCUGAGAGGAUGGUUCAAAAGACCAUGAGCGUGAGUGGCAGCAAGCCAUACUUUGGUGGAGAGCCUGUGGGUCUCACGCUGCUCUACCGGCCUGACGACCUGUGCGAAGGCAAUGAAUACCGCGUCGGUGAGUGCUCACAGACAGACAGACAGACAGCCAGGCAGAGAGAAGUGGAUGCAUUCACGUCGGUCGGCCGUCUCUGUGUUUUGGUUGUUGACUGAGCAGAUUUGGCGUCUUUUCUCGCCCACGUUGAGGCUCGGUGGUGCUCGUGGGACAGCAUAGAGGUUGGCAGCGUGCCAGGAGGGUACAAGUGCCUCGACGGUGGCGGCCCCGCUCACAUGGGCAUCUACCUCAAGAACCACAGCAAGCGGGACGGAGCCUUCUUCCUCGAUAAGGCCGCCAAGGGCAAUCCCGAAGGUGACACACACACACACGUGGCCACAUACAUAUUCCCCUCUCUCCUCUUCAAAUGUGUGUAUGUGUGUGUGCAGGUCUGCGUGUGUAUCACUGGCCUGACGGUGCGGCGCCUGAGGAGGAAUCUCUGUUUCGCCACAUCUACCCGGCCCCCUAUGGCUGCCCGGAGCGACUGCUCGCCACACUCAAGUGGCACCAAGGCAUCCAAUUCCACGCCAUACUCGCCAAGUACGGACGGACGGCCCCAACAAACCCACACAACACACUUCUGUCCGCUCGGGCAUUGUACCUCUCUCUCUCUCUCUCUCUGUGUGUGUGUGUGUGUGUGUGUGUGUGUGCGUCAGCUGUUACCACUUCGAGCGCGAUGUGCGUGCGGCGGCGAUGGCUCGCGACCGCGUGGAGUCCGUCAACACCUUCUUCACCAUCAGUGGCGAUAUUGCCAGGCGACUCUGCUGCUGCCAAUAGCAAUGGACACACCGGGGGGGGGGGGGCUGCCGGGUUUGUCUAGUGUGCUUGAGAGAGAGAGAGAGAGAGAACAUUCCGUGAGUGGAAUGGCGUCGGCUCCCGGGGUUGUGUGUGUGUGCUUGGAGAUGCCCUUUCGCAUCCUGAGUGUGACGGGUCGGAGACCUGGUCACAUUCUCGAUGCACCGGCGGGGUCAGGCAAGUCUGCACACAUGAUACUGGGAGUGACUGGGCGGUAUGAAUGAAUGGGGGAGAAGAAGGAAGCAGUGCACGUUGCAACAGCUGACUGACCCUGCAGCUUUCUCGAUAUCUAUAUAUCGACAGGACAACACGUGUGCGUUGCGCGUGUGUACCUUUGCUUACCUCGAUGGCGACGCAGCACAUUAAUGGCAAUGGUCGAGGCUCGACCGUUGCCAUUAAUGUGCUUGGUUGCCCAUGAGGUCCUCAAAGGCCACAUCAUCGCAUCCCGCGCCCACGUGUCUGUGUGGGUGAAGUGAAUGUGUGUAUACCUAUGUAUGCUCUCUGUUGGCAAGCGACUGAGCCACGUCAAUCAAUUGCAUUGCAAUGAGUGCC